AUGAUAAAGAACUCUGAUACAAAAAGAUAAUAUGUGAAGAUUUCUGAAAAUCAGAAGUAAGCCUUGUUGGAAUUAGUCUUCUAAAUUGGAAUGAAAAUUAGAGAAGUAAUAAUAUAAUAAUGAUUAGGCAUCCUUAAAAUUAAACAUCAAAUACGCAGCUUCAAAAACAAUGGUGCUGAAAUUUAGAAAAAAAUUGAUUAGAAAAUAGUUUCUGUAUGCUUCCAGAAAACCUUGUUAGAUUGGUCAGAAAACAAAACACAUUGCUACCCUUAAAGUCAUAACAUAAGUUGGGGGGAAAGAAAUCAAUUCAAAAACCUACAUAUACAAUUGA